CGGAGCGCACAGGCGGACUGACGGGCAGAAGAUGGCGGAGUAUCUGGCAUCCAUUUUCGGCACAGAAAAAGACAAUGGUGGUGAUAGGAACCGGGGGGCGCGAUGUCCACAACAUAAAUAUGGAUAGCGAUGUUUAUUUGCUCUCCAAAAGAACCAGUGACCAGUGAACCUACACGUGUCAUAGUCAAUUGCUCUUUCUACUUUAAAAUUGGAGCAUGUCGCCAUGGAGAUCGCUGCUCUAGACUACACAAUAAACCAACCUUCAGCCAGACCAUCUUGAUUCAAAACAUCUACCGGAACCCCCAGAACAGCGCUCAGACGGCCGACGCCUCUCGCUGUGCCGUCAGUGAUGUGGAAAUGCAGGAGCAUUACGAUGAAUUUUUUGAGGAAGUCUUCACGGAAAUGGAGGAGAAGUAUGGAGAGGUGGAGGAGAUGAAUGUGUGUGAUAACCUGGGUGAUCACCUGGUUGGCAAUGUUUACGUGAAGUUCCGGUACGAGGAGGAUGCAGAAAAGGCUGUUCUCGACCUGAACAACCGCUGGUUCAACGGCCAACCCAUUCAUGCUGAGCUUUCCCCUGUGACCGACUUCAGAGAAGCCUGCUGCAGGCAAUAUGAAAUGGGGGAGUGCACAAGAGGCGGCUUCUGUAACUUCAUGCACCUAAAGCCCAUUUCUCGAGAGCUGAGGAGGGAACUGUACGGACGGCGUAGGAAAAGGCAUCGCUCUCGUUCAAGGUCUCGAGAACGGCGCUCUCGUUCGCGUGACCGAGGCCGGCGAGAUCGCGAGAGGAGGAGAUCAAGAGAACGUGAACGUUCUGGACGGUUUUGAGCCAACAUUCGAACCCUUUUGCUUUUUACCCCUCUGUGUUGUUUUCUGUUUUUCUUGGAUGCCUGUUUUCUCAAUAAAAGUACAUUGUUAUAAAUUCCUUAA